AUUACAUUGGAAAAUAUUUAAGGAAAAUCAAAUUUAGUUUUAGUGGAAAAAUAUUUGUAUGUUGGAAUUUGAUCCUUUUCUUGCUUAGUUGAUAAGCCAAGGGAGGACCCAAAAUUAUAAAGAAUUGUGAAUAUUUCAAAAGAAAACAGAAAAGGAAAAUUCGGAUGCUGAGUUUUAAUCACUUUGUAAAAUGUAAAGAUGACAGCUUUGGACCCUUUUUUUAAAAGAUGCCAGAUGCUAGGUGAAAAGAGGAAUAUGCCAUGAAAAGCAUGUUAUCUCUAUGCCACAUGGCCAACAGACCAACGACCUCUCCUUACAUGGCUGCUUCGCAGCUAUAUUACUCUUACAAUCAGAUGCUAAGCUACCACUUUAUAUGGAAGAAGAAUCAAAGAGGGAAAAAAAAAAACAAUGAGAAAUUGAGGAAGAAAUGGAUUCAGCUAUGGAAAAUGAAGCACUGGCAACAGAGGCUCCUUUUGCACCUGUGACUUAUGAAAGGAGAGUAAGAAAUGACUUGGAAGACAAACUUCCAAAACCUUAUAUGCCUAGAGCUUUGGUGGCUCUGGAUACAGAACACCCGACUGGAACACUAGGCCACAGACAUAACCAAUUGAGUGUCCUUCAACAGCAUGCAGCAUUUUUCGACCAAGACGACAAUGGAAUCAUUUAUCCUUGGGAGACUUACACUGGUUUCCGAGCCAUUGGCUUUAAUCCAAUUGCUUCUGUUGUUAUGGCGGUUCUUAUCAAUGGAGCAUUGAGCUAUGCUACACUUCCAGGGUGGAUCCCUUCACCUUUCUUCCCCAUAUACAUUCACAACAUACACAGAGCCAAGCAUGGUAGUGACUCAGGUGUUUAUGACACCGAAGGAAGGUAUACUCCAAUGAACAUUGAAAACAUGUUUAGCAAGUAUGCUCGUACAGUACCCAACAAGUUGACACUUGGAGAGCUUUGGAACAUGACCGAGGGGAACCGAGAGGCAUUCGACUUCUUUGGCUGGAUUGCCAGUAAGUUAGAGUGGGGAGUUUUAUAUGUCCUGGCAAGGGAUGAGGAAGGCAUGUUGUCUAAGGAAGCUGUGAGACGUUGCUUCGACGGUAGCUUGUUCGAGUACUGUGCUAAAAUGAACAUGGGUGGCCAUGGGAAGAUGGGUUAAGUUAAUGCUAUGCUAGUUCCACCAGAACCAGAAAUUUCUACUUCUGUUUCAUUUGCAUCUGGUCUUUAUCUUGUAUAUGCUUAGUAACACCCCAAUUCCAUAUCCCAUAUCCAGAUAUUCCGACUAUUUCUAAUGGUAUAUAUAAGAUCUGCUACUAUAUAUAUUUAAAUCCAUAUUUCAUAUCAAGAUGCGGGUCUCUACAGGCUGCCUAUGCAGACUCUUGUUAGCCUAUUUCCAGUACAAUUACUUGCUUUAAAAAGAUGCAGACAUGGUUCUUGAGAUAUGGAUAUGGCAUGUGAUUCGACUAAUUGUCUAGUGAAUGUGGUUUUCUUUCCUUUCAAACCAUGUGAACAUAAUGAGAAACUGAGUCUGCUAUUCAAGUUUUCAUUCCAAACUUAACAAAAUUCUC